GUGGGUUAAGUUAAAGAGCUUCUCAGAGCUGGAUUGGACGGGCAGGACAACCUGGAAGGGUGCAAGAGGUUUAUAUAGGUCAGCCCUCGACUCUUUUCUCCUGUGCAUCCUGUGUUGGAUUCUUCCAUCUCGCGUUGUUGUCGGCCUUAAGAUCAUCUUCUCUUCUCAUCUCUGUUUUUGAAGCUCUUUGAUAUCACCGCCGGGAGGCUAAAUCGCCGUUAAUUUAUGCUUCCGAUUAAGCUCUAACUGCAUAUUUGCCGGCUGCUUCGAACCCGAAUUCCUGGUUUCUUCGCUGUUUCUUUCCACUAGGCUUCAUCACGCCAUUUCCUAGGUUCCUUCGCAAUACUCCAGUAUCAUCCCCCCGACCGUGUCCCUACCCGACUCUUCCCCUCCGAGACCAUGGCGAUAGGAUCCAUGUCCAGCAGUAAGAAGCCUAUCUUCUGCGCGACCCAUCCCAGGGCGUGUUCUACUGCUUUCGAGAGGGUCUUCAUGACCCGUCGGGAUGAGCUGUGUUCUGUGCACGAACCGUUUGGUGAUUCCUAUUAUUACGGCCCGGAACGCAUCAGCCCGCGAUAUGAUAACGAACCCGAGACAAGGGAGAAGACGGGCUUUGGCAAUACCACUUAUGCCGAUAUCCUGAAGUCCAUCGAAGAUGCCAGCGAUGGGGGUUCCAAGCGUGUCUUCAUCAAAGACAUGGCCUACUACCUCUUCCCACUCGAGGGACAACCUGCCAGAAUCGUUCCCUCGCUCUCUACAUACUCUGCCGCCAAUCAGGCCAAUAACCCCACGGUCAUCCCCAUCGACGUCCUACGCCGCUUUCAGUUCACCUUCCUCAUCCGACACCCUCGCCGCGCCGUCCCGUCGUACUACCGUUGCUGUGUCCCUCCGCUCAACGAGGUAACGGGCUUCAUCUUCGACCCCAAAGAGGCCGGCUACUCUGAGCUCCGUCGCCUCCUGGACUUCUUCGUCCGCGAGGGCUUGGUCGAUCGCUCCGACAUUGUUGUUGUAGAUGCCGACGAUUUGCUCGACCGCCCCGAGCCCGUAGUCCGGGCGUACUGUGAACGUGUCGGACUCGAGUUCACUGAUUCGAUGCUCAAUUGGUCUGAAGAGGACACCGCUUUCGCGGUGGAGCAGUUUGCCAAGUGGGAGGGGUUCCAUAACGACGCUCUGUCAAGUUCCAGCUUGAAGCCUCGGUCUCACGCUGCUGUAAGUAAAACCGUGACGAAAGAGUCGGAGGACGAGGAGUGGACCGAGAAGUAUGGUGAAGAGGGCGCAAAAAUUAUUCGAGAGACCGUCGACGCCAACGUUGCGGAUUACGAGUAUCUGAAAAGGUUCGCUCUUCAGGUAUAGAAUAGCGCCCGUGUGUUAAUUUUCUUCCUUUUGCCUCUCUCCUUUGAGGCAUGUGUUUCAGUCACCAGUACCCACUUCUGCAGAGCAACGCCUGGAGAGUAUGGAGUAUCGUGGUUAUGGAGGAUGGGGAUGAUGUUUUUGUUUGGGGGAUUGACAGUAAAGAGAAACGGCUUUCACGACUCUGAACAUUCCGGGAAAUAGCCCGUAACAUAAUCGGGGUAGAUAAAUCAUUGAUAUGGUACAGCAUAUUUUACAGCGGGGAAGUACCAGAUAGAUAGCCACGAUGCCGUGACCAUCUCAACUACAUGGUGAUAACACAAUUCCACAGCUCAAUAAGAGCCACGUGGAAAGGAAGAGGCCUGAAUGAGCGAAUGCCUCGAGGGCCCCCUCUAUCGCUUCCGAAAACAAAACAAAAAAAAACAUCGGUCCCGUCG